AUGAGAGAGAGGAAGGGGAUGGAGGAAGAAAGAGUCCCUUUGAAUGAAAGGAAGGAAGGAAGGAAGGAAGGAAGGAAAGGGAAGAAGAGGAAAGAGGGGGGGCUCAUAAAUACGUUCACAUGCUCUCUUCCUUUAUCUCUCUUCCUUUCUCUCUCAACCAGACAGAGACGUGGUUGGUCCUUUCCUCAUCCACCGCACCCUCCAUUUAUUCCAGUUGUUGAAUCUCUUCUUCACUCCAUUUAUUACUCUCUCUCUCUCUUUUCUUCUUCAUUCACCGUUUUAUUUCAUUUCCUUCAUCAUCAUGGACCACACCAUUUCUUAACUCUCUGUUCUCCAUCAAUGGCUUCUUCCUCCACCUCCAAAUCCCCUCCUCUUCUCCCCUCUCGUCACUCCCCUCAAUUCACUCCCAUUCAAGAGGAGCAUGAAUUCGACGAUUUUAGUACUCAACACAGAAUAAGCACCCCCUCUCACCACCACCAUCCUCCAACUCCUAUUCUCAACAAGCACAACACCAAAGCCAAUACCCACAAGAAGAAGAGAUCCGAAUCGGAGGAAGAUGCGUCUAUCUCUUGCAACAAGUGCAGGCCACACUCGAGAGACAAAAUCUUCAUCCUUCCUUUCGAUCACACCGCCAACCACAAUGCCUCACACACCAAACAUUCCUCUUCUCUCCUCGCUAGCCCCAACGGCAUCUUCAGAACCCUCGUCUCCAAACUCACCCGCAAGAGCCCCAUGUCCUCAUCGCAAGACCACCCUCUUCCGGUUUCGAGAGAGGACCAGUGGAAAAUGGCAGUGGCGGAACUCUCUCACAAGCUCGUUCACGCCACUAGGAAACGAGAUGAAGCCCUUCUCGAAGCUUCCAGACUCAUGCACUCCAUGGGGGAGCUAGAGAAAAAGCUCAACAAGCUCGAACUCUAUUGCCACAGCUUGAAAUCCGGCCUCGAAGAAUGCACCAACGCCAACAUUGUCUCUUCUCCGGUACCCUUCAAGCAAAGUCAAACGCUUCACCAAGACGCGGUGAUUCAGCACUUCUUGGUGUCGGUCUCCGAAGCAAGAUCAUCCGUCAGACUUCUCUCUCGUUCCUUGACCAUGCAACUGAGGCACAUGGGAAGCAAAGUGUACGAGAAAGUCUCGUUUUUGCUCCAACCUUAUGACGUGAAACUCUCCUUCUCCAAGAGCCCCAGAAGCUUGCUUUUCUACCUGGAGGCCCUCUUGAACAGAACGUUCUUUGAGGACUUCGAAACAAUCGGGUUCCAGAAGAACGCUUGCAACGUGGUGCUGAAUCCGGUGGAACGGUGUGAGGGGAGUUUCCGUUGCUUCAACAUGCUUCAGGGGUUGACAUGGGAGGAGGUGCUAAGCAAGGGAACGAGGCACUUCAGCGAAGAGUUCAGCAGGUUCUGUGACAGGAAAAUGAGUGAGAUUGUGGCGAUGUUGGGGUGGAACCGGGCCUGGCCCGAAGCCCUGUUGCAGGCCUUCUUUGGUGCCUCGAAAAGCGUGUGGAUGGUGCACUUGUUGGCCAACUCGGUGCACCCGAGUUUGCCAAUCUUCAGAGUGGACAAAGGGGUUAACUUUGAUUCAGUUUACAUGGAGGAUAUGGGUGGGGACAAGGCUUCAAAGUUGGUCCCUAGUGUGGUCAGGAUAAUGGUUGCGCCAGGGUUUUAUGUCUAUGGCAGUGCAGUGAAAUGUAAGGUCCUCUGCAGGUACUUGAGUAACAACAACUUUACCAGCCACUGUAAUAGUGUUAACAAGGAAGACAAAGCCCUAACCCCAACCCCUUGA